AUGUGUGGCUUCGGUGACAAAGACCGCCGUCCAAUAGACCCACCUCCUGUCAUUAGACUUCUAGUGUUUACUGAAGAUGGAACACCUGUACCUGAAAGUUCUGUGGACCAUUCCACUAUGGUUGUUGUUGCCGGACUAUGGUCCAAAGAUUGUAAGGAAGAGCGUAUUCUUGUAAUUAAUCCCUCGUCUGUUCCUGCCCAACCUUCUUCUUCGAGCUCAAGUGUCAUGUCGCUAAACGCGCCAAUGUGCACUCGAAAUCUUAUGGGUCAAUGUAUUUCGUCUGCAUAUGUUCUUAACGACCAUAUGAAUAAAUUAGGAAUAUUCUUUAUAUUUCAAGACUUGUCAGUUAGAACAGAAGGUACCUUUACCCUAAAAUUCUCGUUUUGUGACAUUAAGGAGCAACUAUAUCAAUCACAGAACGGAUUCACACCCACUCGCGGGAUCAUAGCAGCUGAAGUUUAUAGCUCUGCUUUUAGAGCAUAUUCCGCAAAAAAGUUUCCGGGUAUGACAGAAUCAACUGCGCUUUCUAAAGCUUUUGCUAAACAGGGAAUUAAAAUUCCGAUCCGUAAGGAAGCUCGUUAUCGGAGAGCCAACGAUGAUUUACCUGAUCAAACAAGCGAAAGCACUAAUCCUUCUUCAGUAACAAAUAUGGCACCUGAUAAUGUUCCUGACGACGUUAAAUCCGAUGAUAAUGAUGACAAUAUCGUAAAAAAACAGGAAUCCUCGGAAGAUGAUGCUGACGCGCUUUCUGAUAUUGUGCGAAGAGAAAAUAAGGGAAAGUUUAUUGCAAAAUGGCGACGCAGGUCUAAAUAG